UUGUUCAGUGUGCCUGUGUUUGCUCGGACCUGGCGGUAGAACAGACGGAUUUCUCUUUAGCAGUGCUGGGCAUAUGUCUGUUGUUGUUUUUGUUGCUGCUGCACCGUAAGAAAGGGCUGAAAGCUGCUCAGUGGUCCCGUUCAUAGAGGAAUUCCCAUUAAGCAAGCUACUACAAUCUGAAGAAUGUGGCUAGCUAGGUGGGGUAACAGCGCUUCAAAAUUAGCCUUUUCCUCUGUGGACAAGAAAGAAGUGUGAGAGCACAGUGUGAGAGGUGAUCUUCCCAAAGUUGUCUAUUGGCUUGAACACACUUGAGUGCGUGUGUGUAUACGUGUAUGUGUAAGGGUGGAUGUUUGUAUGGAUGCACUUGACUGCGUGCAGAUUUAGGACCCUGGCCUGAUGGAAAAGAGAGACAGGAAGCCGGGAUAUUUUGCCAGGCUGAAGAGGCGGAGACAGCUGAAGCAGAGCCAAUCGGAUAAGAAUGUGAAUGAGCAGAACCCGACAAUCAUCUCCUGUCCAGACAUCCCAACUGACAGCAACCCCAACAAGAAGACAGAUCUGCAGAGAAUAACAGCGAAAGCGCCUGCAGCCUCAGAUGAUGGCUGUAAAAGUAACAAUCAGGCAAAGAAGGAGAAGAGGAGGCCACCGGGGACAGUGGAGUUCAUUGUGGGACCUAACGAUUCCCUCAACAGCAUCGCUCUCAAGUUCAACAUCACCCCAAACAAACUGGUCCAGCUGAACAAGCUCUUUGCUCGCAGCGUCUACCCCGGUCAGAAGCUGUUUGUCCCUGAUGUGAGCCAGCCAGAAACAGAAGUAAAGUCUCAGAGCUCCUCUGAUCCCACCCUCACAAAUGGUUUGUCUGAGAAACCAUUAAAUGAUGGCAUUUCAAACUGCAGGUCAGCAAAAUCCAUCCGGCGUGAGCUCUCCCCGAACUCAGAGGACGAGAGCCCGUCGACUGUUAAAUUCAUCAAGAUGAGCUGCAAGUAUUUCACUGAUGGCAUGGGAGUGGUGGGAGGCGUGCUGAUCGUGACCCCCAACAACAUCAUGUUUGACCCCCACAAGUCAGACCCCCUGGUGAUCGAGCACGGCUGUGAGGAGUACGGCCUCAUCUGCCCCAUGGAAGAGGUCGUCUCUGUAGCGCUGUACGACGACGUGUCGCGCAUGAAGCUCAAAGAUGCCCUUCCAUCAGACCUACCCCAGGAUCUGUGUCCUGUGUACAGGCCUGGUGAGUGGGAGCAGCUCCCGUCAGAGCGGGACCUAAACCCCUUCAGCCGCUACGAAGCUCUGGAACCAAAGCGACCCAUCGUCUUGGACGACAUUGAAUCAACCCUCUCUGAAACUGGAAGUACAGAGGGAGAGCAGACAGAGAAGUCUCCGUCAGAUGAAGGAUUCACAGAGUUGGAGCCUACUGUCAACGGGAGCACUGAAGAAGCAGAGGGAACGACCUCCAGAACAUCCAGCAUCCUCAGCAGGGACCAACAGAAACUCCUAGGACCAAGUUGCCCAGGCCGAGGAGACAAGUCGAUGCUUGAUCAAACUAAAGGGAAGCUGGAUGAUGAAGAAGAUGAAGGUGUGGCUCAGAACAGCUCCAUCGAGGAUGGAGAGUCAAUACAAUCCUCCUCAGAGACUGAGAAACAGGGCUACUCGCACGAUAAAUCUACAAGCCAAGACGUAACCAAAACCAAAGACAUCAAACCUAAAGGGAAGGAAGAGCUGCUAAAUGGUAUAGAUGAUAAGAUAAUCUACGCACCAGUGGACCAAAACAGGAAGUUGAGUCUGAUUGAAGCUGCAGAGGUUCAUGGGAACUCCAGUCCUAAGAGACGAAGCUCGGACAGACGAGCUGAGGAGGACGAACUCAGUGAGGAGGAGAGACGGAAGAAAAACUACGAAGCAGAAGUGAAGUCAUGGCUGAUGGAGAGGAUGCAGGCUCCAAUAGAAGACAUGCUUUUUUCAUCAGAGGAGAAGAGUAAAAUCCCUCCAAUGUUCCUCUGCUUUAAAGUGGGAAAGCCAAUGAGGAAGUCCUUUGCUACCGGCAUGACCUCUAGUCCUGCCCACUCCUGUGGGGGCCGCGAGAAGCAGCCAGAGUACUGGUUCGCUGUGCCACAAGAGAGGGUGGACCAUCUCUAUGCAUUUUUUGUGCAGUGGUCUCCGGAUGUGUAUGGGAAGGAGGCUCGAGAGCAGGGCUUUGUUGUGGUGGAGAAAGAUGAGCUGGACAUGAUCGAUAACUUCUUCAGUGACCCUGCAUCUUGCAGCUGGGAGAUCAUUACCAUUGAUGAGGCUAAGCGCAGGCAGAGUUUUGGCAGCUGUGACGGAGACCUGUCUGUGGAUGCACUGCCCAUACUCAGCGAUACCAGUGACCUGCUGCAGGAUACACACAUUGAGAAGCUUGCCUGUCGCCUGCCAGCCCGUGUGCAGGGUUACCCCUGGAGACUGGCCUACAGCACCGAGAGAAAUGGGACCAGCCUCAAGACUCUGUACAGAAACCUGACAGAUGUGGACAGCCCUGUUCUGCUGGUCAUCAAAGACAUGGAUAACCAGAUAUUUGGGGCAUUCUCAACUCAUCCCUUCAGAGUGAGCGAGCACUGCUAUGGCACAGGAGAGACGUUCCUCUAUAGCUUCUGUCCUGAAAUAAAGGUGUACCGGUGGACGGGGGAGAAUUCUUACUUUGUGAAAGGCAGUACUGAUUCUCUGCAGAUGGGAGGAGGAGGUGGUCAGCUGGGCCUGUGGCUGGAUGCCGAGCUCUACCGGGGCACCACCACCAAAUGCGCCACCUUCAACAACCAGCCACUCUCCGCCCAGCAGGACUUCAGCAUCCACAGUCUUGAGGUCUGGACCUUUGAAUAGCCUGGCCUGCUCUAUACUAGCUACUUCUACAUUCACGCUCUGCUCCACAACCCCAAACCUUCAAACAACCCCAAGUCUAAUACGCACCACUUGGAGGCAAACCUAGCUACCCCACAACGACACUAAAUGCUCCGUGAGAGAGGACAGAAAGCGGCACCUGUGGAGUGUUCAUGCUGACUGAAAACAGAGCGGAAACGUCUGUCCUCUGUAGCCUGUUUUGACGUGGGUUUGACCUGCAGGUAGGUUGGCCAGUUUAUGUCUGCGUCUUCCUUCAAAGGUGGAAGUGUAAGAAAAUGCUGUUGCUCUCAGUUCAUUGGCUGCCUUAGACAUGUGACAACGGCCCCAGCUUUCCCAGCAUGCAGACUGCCUUACCACCACAAGCUUAUGAAGAGAGAGGGACGACAAAGGCUGCUAAUGAGGAAAUCCCAAAAAGAGCUGAUUUUUAAGUGUGUAUGAAAGAAUAAGAUGUCCCAUAAUACUGUAGGUUUGUUGCAGAAAUAAUGGUUGAUGUAAUUUGUAUGUGUGGGAAUGUACAGGGUGAUGCACCGAAGAUGUUGAUGGACGGCAUAUCUUUUUUUAAAACGCUAUGGACUUUAUACCUGAAGAAAAAAAUACCAGGAAGGAUAUUACAUCCUCUAUCAUUAAAUUACUUUCAAUGCGGGAAACGUAGUGAUUGUUUACAAUGGAAGUGUUGCACUUCCUCUAAAGGCCGUCUUGUCCCUUUAUUUUGAGUUUUAAAUUAACCGAAUGAGAAUGUUUCAUUGCAUUUCCUCAUGAUUUCAUAUAAAGUUUCGUUCCCCCUACAAUCCAAAAUAAGUGACAGAGCCAGGAAAUGUUUGCAAUGACCAAAUAUGUUUCUUUUUAAUUUCAUAUUUGUUGUGAGCUUGUCAUAUUUUAUAAAAUAUUUUAGAUUUUUUUAUUUUUACAUUUUAUUUUUGCAUUCUGUUUUUAUAAAUAUUGUUUUUUUGUUUUUUUUUAAUGGUUCUACUUUUUAAAAAAUGUAGUGCUUAAUAUUUCUGUUUCGGAUUGGACCCAACAAGCACUAGAUAAUUACUAUUGUCAGUAAUGGAUUCAUGUCACGCUGACUAAUUUUAUCUCUUUGGUUUUUCAUUUGUAGUCAUUGUUGAGAGAGUUACAGGCAGUAGAGUUUGAACAUGAUGUCAUUUUUCACUACAGGACUAGUUAACAGUCCUUGCUGUGUUAUGGCCCCAUGUAAUUAAGCAUUUCUUCAAUAUAAAAUUUGUUACUGAAUGUUAUGUGAUCACCACUACAGGAAAGCUGCCUGUCCAACCACAGGUCAGCGUCUGCUUUACCUAAAAAUGGGUGGAAAAGGGAUUAUCUGUUUUUGCACUCUGAUAUACCACUAACUAAAAAUUCAAAUCUACUAACAUGGAAAAGAUAAAUGUUCAUUUAUAUCCUGUGUAGGUGACACAGGCUUGUAGUGCAUGAAUAUGCAAUACUGCAAAUGUCCGACACCAUUGUUAUGAUAUCUACCAUACUAUUCACCAAUGCCAGUUAUUGCUUCAUGUGAAAAUGAGCUCUGUUGUCUGUAGCUGUUCAGUGUUGUUACUGUGAAUGUUCCCUAAGUAUUAUUUCUUGUGAAUCCAAAACUGCUGUGUUCUGUGAUAUCACUAAGGAUCUAUUUAUUGUGUUGUUAUUGCAACCACAUUUAAACCUAAAUAAAUGUUAAAUAUACACACAUGAUAA